GUUUGCUCUCCUCCUAUGCUGCAAUAAUGAACACUAGUCAUCCUAAGCUCUUCAGUCCUGGAGUAUACCCUGGAGAACUAGGAUUCCCUGAACCCAGAGUUCCAGUUCUCUACAGGGGCUCCAACCCCCCUCCACCCUUCCUUGCAAAUAUUUCAAAGGAACGCAGCAAUGGCCCAGCAGUAAAGGUGGAACCGGUUAUGCAGGGCAAAAACAAAACGUAUCCAUGUCCUGAAUGUGGAAAAAUUUUCAACGCACAUUAUAAUUUGACAAGACAUAUGCCAGUACAUACAGGAGCUAGACCGUUUGUUUGUAAAGUGUGUGGUAAAGGAUUCCGUCAAGCCUCCACACUUUGUAGGCAUAAGAUCAUUCACACAAAUGAGAAACCACAUAAGUGCAAUAUUUGUGGCAAAGCAUUUAACAGAAGUUCUACGCUGAAUACACACAUGAGAAUACACAAUGGAUAUAAACCGUUUGUCUGUGAGUUCUGUGGAAAGGGGUUUCAUCAGAAAGGAAACUACAAAAAUCACCGAUUGACACAUUCCGGAGAGAAAGCGUACAAGUGCAAUAUUUGUAACAAGGCCUUUCAUCAACUGUACAAUCUGACCUUUCACAUGCACACGCAUACAGAAGCCAAACCAUACUCCUGUAAUCUCUGUAAAAAGGGAUUUUGUCGGAGCUUCGACCUGAAGAAGCACAGCAGGAGGCUCCACGAGUCAGCUCCGGAGGACGGGACAGCAGAGGAUGGGAGGACAGAGGAGGAGGAGGAGAGGAGGAGGGACGGAGGGAUGAAUACAGUUCGACAGUUCCAGGAGGAAUUCGAGCAGAGACGGAGGGAGGGGUUUAGGAGGGAUUUUCCACAGGAGGGAGGAGAGGAGGGGAGGAGGGAGGGGGAGGAGGACGAAGGAAUGGGGGAUACAGGACCAGGAGGAUUAGAAUCUUCCUUUCCGUCCAAUAGGACAUUGUCAGAUUCAGAUAGUCCUCAUCACAGUCCGAUGUCGAGUCCAGCUGGUCUAGUUAGCUCAAGGUUUGAGCUCCGCCCUCCAACUAACAAUCUCCUGCAUCUGACCUCAGCCACGCCCCUUCUCCCUUUCCCCAUGCUUCAUUUCCCCCCCUUCCCUCUAGUAUCCCGCCCACCUCCUCCCCCCUUCAGUCAUACACUUUCUUAGUCAAUCUAACUGUGUUAAUACAUGUUGCAAUUUUAUCUAUAAAUAAAAUAGUA